AUGGCUUCCCAAUAUAUUAUCUCUCCGUUGACCCAUAUAAUUAACGAAUGCAUCGCACACAAUAUGUUUCCUUCCUCAUGGAAAAUAGGACGUAUUAGUCCUAUCCCGAAAAUCAGUGAACCGAUAGAGAAUAGUGAUUUUAGACCAGUGUCAAUGCUGCCAUUUUUAUCAAAGGUAUUUGAACGCCUGGUGCUAUCCCAACUUGUUGAGUAUAUUGAAGAACACAGUUUGUAUAAAGAGACAAUGUCCGGUUUCC